GUGGAGUCUACUAGUUGUUUCGUUUUGGAAAGUGGACCGAUUGUAGAAGCUUUAAUAAGAGAGCCGUUACCAUGGCUAUCGAGUUUUCACUGGAGAGCGCUCUCUGCGUUGGUAUCUCGGCUAUAGUAUCGCUGAUAGCAUGGAUUAACUAUCGAGGUCUAGAAUAUGUCAUUAAAAAUUACCGUUGGGUGUUCGUCUGUCUGUUCCUGUUGCCAAUGUCGGUUGUCUACGAUUUCUACAUGUACUUUCGAAAUUGGAUCGUCUUCCAGAUGAAUUCGGCCCCAAAACAACAUGACAAGAAAGUGAAAGAUGUUCAACGACAGGUUAAGGAAUGGGUUAGUGAUGGCUGCACGAAACAAAUGUGUACUGCUCGUCCAGGGUGGAUGACGAUCAGCUUUCGACAAGGUCUCUACAAACAAAGCAGUCGUAAGAUAAAAGUAAACUUGGUUGAUAUCCUGGAAAUUGAUUCUGCCAAUCAGACGGUCCGAGUUGAGCCACUGGUCAGUAUGGGUCAAAUUUCUGCUUUCCUCAAUCCCCUUGACUGGACUCUACCUGUUUUACCAGAGCUGGAUGAUCUCACGGUGGGUGGUCUGAUAAUGGGAGUAGGUAUAGAGACAUCCUCACACAAGCAUGGCCUAUUCCAGCACUGCUGUGUGGGCUAUGAGCUGGUCCUAGCAGACGGAACUCUAGUCACUUGCUCAGCGACACACAACAAAGAGCUGUUUUACGCUGUUCCCUGGUCCUACGGUACACUUGGCUUCCUUGUUUCUGCGGAAUUGAAAAUCAUUCCAGCAAAAACUUUUGUACGGAUGGAGUACAGGCCUGUAUACACAACUGAUGAUAUGAUUGAAACUUUUGAAAAGGAAACCAUGAAAAAACGUGACAACCAGUUUGUGGAAGGCCUGGUAUACUCUAACAACACUGCUGUUAUUAUGACAGGAAACCUCACAGAUGAAGCUGAUUUCGAUAAGAUUAAUCCGAUUGGUUAUUUCUGGAAGCCAUGGUUUUUCAAGCAUGUAGAAGAUUUUUUGAAAAAAGGGCCAGAUGUGGAAUAUAUCCCUAUCAGGCAUUACUACCACAGACACACACGGAGCAUCUUCUGGGAACUACAGGAUAUUAUUCCCUUUGGCAACCACCCAGUAUUCCGCUAUCUGUUUGGCUGGAGUGUACCACCGAAAAUUUCCCUGCUGAAGCUCACUCAAGGGGAGACAACCAAACGUAUGUACGAGAAAUACCAGAUUAUUCAGGACAUGUUGGUCCCUAUGACUUCACUCAAGGAGGCCCUUGGUGUCUUUCAUGAAGAAAUCAAGAUGUACCCUCUGUGGCUGUGUCCCUUCAAACUGUUCAACAAUCCUGGAAUGGUUCACCCAAAAGGGAAUGCCGAUGAAAUGUAUGUGGACAUUGGAGCCUAUGGUUCUCCCAAAGCUAUUAACUUUGAUGCCAUUCCAUCUACACGGCGACUUGAGGCUUAUGUUACAAAAGUCAAUGGAUUCCAGAUGCUGUAUGCAGACACCUACCUAACAAGAGAAGAAUUUCGCAAAAUGUUUGACCACACCCUGUAUGAUGUAAUGAGGGAUACACUUGACUGUGAGAGGGCCUUCCCCGAAGUUUACGACAAGAUCAACCGUAAAGUUAGGACAUAGUCAUUCAAGCUGGGUAAAAAGCUUGUACACAAUGGAAGCUGUUCUGAAAAAUUCUCUGGCAUAACUCAUUUACUUAGUAUAUGAAAUAGUAACUCAAUACCUACAUACACAUGCAAAAGUGUUAAGAAUGUCAUGAUUCCAGAUGAUGAAUUCCAGGUCUCAAUUUCUUAAAAAAAUAAUUUUUAACUUGUAUGUAAAUUUUCCCAAAACUAAUUUUGGCAUGUAAUCUAAAUCAUAAGAUGUUAUUUGGCAGAUUUUCAUACAAGGAUUUCAGAGUAAUAUAUUUACACAGUAAAACCCCGCUAACUCUGGGGAUCAGAUCAAUAGUUCGAGGAAUACAUGGUAUCCAACAAAUCCGAGGUUCCACCGACAUCGUCAUGCUUUGAUCAGAUGGGACAGAAGUCAGUACGAGCACUAAAUAUCGAAGAUAGUAGAUGAUCUUAGAAAAAAAAAGUUAAGUAAAGACGACAACAUUAAAUAAGAUGCAAAAUUGCUCAAUAAAUGAAACAAAAAGCUGAUGGUAUUAAGAAGGAAGUAACAUAAAGGAGUUGUACAUGUAACGUACUUGUAGUUACCACUGGCAGACAGACCGCAUACUGUAUUUAGUUAUGUUACUUGUACAAAGUCUCAAAACGAGAGGAACUCUUUGAUCAUUUUGAAAUGAAGAAAAUCUGGAAUCACUGUUAUACUGCUGAUUGAUAACGAAAUUAACAAUCAUGAUGUAUUCAGUUUUGAAUGUCUUUAAAGAUGGUUGAGAAUCCGCUAUGUGAUUUCCAUUAAUACAAAAAAAUGUAUUGCCCUGCCGAAAUAUGGUUUUACACACCAAGUGAAUUAACACUUUCGCUAAAACAUGGAUGUUAAACAGUGUCAGGAAAUAAUAAAUACAUAUAUGCACACAGCAUGAUAAUGCAGAUACAACAGGGUAACGGUACAGGUAUUUAAUGAUACUGUCGCUUAUAUUUCAGAGAUAACGUUCAUAUUCAUCAUUACCGACACGAUAAUGAAGUUGAGAUUGGGCUAGAAUAUUCCUCUGUAUUUCAUUCUGUACAUUCCAAGUACAUUGUAUUCCAAUAUUGAAAUAAUUAUUUAAGUGAGAAUUAUGAAAAAAAAAAGCAUUCGUUUGUUUCUCUGAUAUUUUAUUGCUUAAAAGCGUGGUUUAUAUUUAUAUCCUAUAACAUAUUUGUAUGUUAUUUAUCGUCUAACAAAUAUUGUAUAUUUACUGGGAAGUUAACAAAAAUAGCCAUAAAAGUUUGGAUAUUUUGUUUUGGAGUGGGACAAACUCAUGUUCACUAGACAAAUCCAUGUACAUUGUUUAAUGUAUAUGUUUACAGACAAAUUAAAGUACAUGGUAUAUGUUUAUAGACAAAUUAAAGUACAUGGUAUAUGUUUACUAGACAAAUCCAUGUACAAAAUAUACAUCUAAGAUGAUCUUAUUUUUUCACUAGCACUUCCAUGUAGAAGGAAUAUGUUCACUAGACAAUCCAUGUACAUGGUAUAUGGUAUAUGUUCACUAUACAAAUCCAUGUACAUG